AGAGAGAGUGAGAGAGACAGAGAGCAGGUAAAGCAUAGCAUUAGAGUAAAGUGGUCGAAGGAAGCGGUGGUGGUUGCCAUCCCGCUCCUACUUGCGGCCACUGACUUCAGCCUUCACGUCACGGAUGCGCUUCGAGAAGCCUGUUGACCUACCUCUGACAACGAACUCAUUAAUCGACUCCAUGUGAACGGCGGAAAGCACAGCGUGGCAUCAGACGGCAUAUUUCCAGUUGGGAUCCCCUCCACGUGUUCUUCCUCCGGCAAUAAGUAUUGCGUAGAGGAGGAGGAGGAGGAGGAGGAAGAGGAGGAGGACGCGAGAUGGGAGAGGAGGAGAGGAAGAAGGAUGAGCAGAAGGUGGCUUUCCACAGGCUGUUCGCUUUCGCCGACGGCCGCGACGUGGCGCUGAUGGCCGUCGGCACGGUGUCGGCGGUCGGCAACGGGAUAUCGAUGCCGAUCAUGACGCUCAUCUUCGGGCAGAUAAUCGACGCCUUCGGCUACGCCGACAACUCCACCGUUGCUCACCAAGUCAACAAGAUUGUUCUGAAGUUUGUCUAUCUUGCACUUGGGACAGGAUUAGCUGCCCUCCUGGAGGUCUCAUGUUGGAUGGUGACUGGAGAAAGGCAAGCGGCACGCAUACGAGCACUGUACCUGGAAACCAUACUCAGGCAAGAUGUUGCCUUCUUUGACAAAGAGAUGACAACUGGAGAAGCAGUAGAGAGGAUGUCAGGAGACACUUUGCUCAUUCAAGAUGCCAUUGGUGAAAAGGUUGGGAAGUUCGUACAGCUGUUGUCCACCUUCUUCGGUGGCUUCAUCAUCGCAUUCGCCAAGGGAUGGCUUCUCUCCCUUGUCAUGCUCUCCAGCUUGCCUCCCAUCGCCAUCGCCGGCGCAGUCAUGUCAUGGAUGAUCGCGAAGCUGUCGAGCCGCGGGCAGGCGGCAUAUUCCGAAGCCGGCAACGUCGUUGAGCAGACCAUUGGAUCCAUCAGAACUGUCGUCUCCUUCACCGGCGAAGACCGAGCCGUCGAGCUCUACAACAAGUCCAUAAACACUGCGUACAGGUCGUCGAUGCAGGAAGGUGUCGCCUCUGGCCUCGGCAUGGGUGCCGUCUUCAUGGUUGUGUUCUCCAGCUAUGGCCUGUCCACAUGGUAUGGUGCCAAGCUGAUCAUCGACAAAGGCUACAGUGGAGGAGUUGUGAUCAAUGUCAUGUUCGCAAUCAUGGUCGGUGGAAUGUCUUUGGGACAGACAUCGCCAUGCGUCAGCGCGUUUGCGGCAGGGAGGGCCGCAGCUUACAGAAUGUUCGAGACGAUCAAAAGGCAGCCGGAGAUCGACGCCAACGACACGAGUGGAAUCGUCUUGGAAGACGUUAAUGGUGAGAUUGAGCUCAAAGAUGUGUACUUCAGCUAUCCGACGAGGCCGGAGCAACUGGUAUUCAAUGGGCUGUCGCUGCGCGUCCCCAGUGGAACCACCAUGGCCAUCGUCGGAGAAAGCGGCUCCGGGAAGUCCACGGUCAUCAGUCUGGUUGAGAGAUUCUACGAUCCUCAGGCUGGUGAAGUUCUCAUCGAUGGCGUCAACCUGAAGAAGCUGAGACUCCGACACAUUCGAGAAAAGAUCGGACUGGUGAGCCAGGAGCCUGUUCUGUUCACGGCCACCAUCAAGGAGAACAUCGCCUACGGCAAAGAAGGCGCGACGCUGGAAGAGAUCAAACGUGCCACCGAGCUCGCCAAUGCCGCGAGAUUCAUCGACAAGCUGCCCAACGGGCUCGAUACGGCGGUGGGAGAGCACGGGACGCAGCUCUCAGGCGGGCAGAAGCAGCGGAUCGCCAUCGCCAGAGCGAUCCUCAAGGAUCCCAAGAUCCUGCUGCUGGAUGAAGCGACGAGCGCGUUGGAUACGGAAUCGGAACGGAUCGUUCAGGAGGCGCUGAGCAGGAUCAUGUCGCAGAGAACCACAAUAGUCGUCGCGCACCGCCUGAGCACCGUGAGGAACGCCGACACCAUCACCGUCCUGCACGAGGGAAGAGUGGUAGAACAAGGUCCUCACUCGACUUUGGUGAACGAUCCCAACGGCGCUUACUGUCAGCUCAUCCGCCUUCAAGAACUCCGCCAGGAAGGAGACGAAGAGCCUUCGAAUGACCAUGGAAGACUCAGCUCCAAUAACGAUGCUGCUACAAAAUCCAUGAGCAAGUCCUUCAGGAGGACCUCGUUGAGCAGAUCCAUCAGCAGAGGCUCGUCACUCGGCAGGAGCAGCAGGCUAUCCUUCACCACUGGAUUCGGUCUGCCCGGCUCCAUCGAGAUCCAGGACGGGGAGUCCAGAGCAGAUGAAGGUAAUCAAGGCCAGCUCGAGCCUCGCCGGGACGUCCCCAUUAAGCGGCUCGUUUACCUCAACAAACCGGAGGCGCCGGUUCUGCUCAUUGGAUCCGUAGCUGCGGCCGUGCACGGAGUGCUCUUCCCGAUCUUCGCCAUACUCAUCUCCAGCGCCAUCAAGACGUUCUACCAGCCGCCACACGAGCUCCGAAAGAACGCUAGAUUCUGGGCGUUGAUGUACACCGUCUUGGGUAUCGUCGCGCUGCUCAGCGUGCCGAUCCAAUUCUUCUUCUUCGGCGUGGCCGGCGGGAAGUUGGUCGAGCGCAUUCGCUCCUUGUCGUUCAAGAAGGUCGUCCACCAGGAGAUCAGCUGGUUCGACGAGCCUUCCAAUUCCAGUGGUGUAAUCGGUGCAAGGCUAUCAGUAGAUGCUGCGACUGUUCGGAGUUUGGUGGGAGAUAACCUGGCCUUGUUGGUGCAGAACCUCUCAACAGUCAUCGCAGGAUUCCUGAUCGCCAUCAUCGCAAAUUGGGAACUGUCUUUAGUGAUUAUAGUCGUCAUUCCAUUGGUCGGUCUUCAAGGAUACGCUCAGAUCAAGUUCCUCAAGGGGUUCAGUGCAGAUGCCAAGGCGAUGUAUGAACAAGCAAGUCAAGUGGCAAGCGAUGCGAUCAGCAGCAUCCGCACGGUGGCAUCCUUUUCUGCUGAGAAGAGGAUGAUGGAUGCUUACAGAAAGAAGUGCGAAGCUCCAAUGAAGCAUGGCAUCAGGCAGGGGCUCGCCAGUGGCUUGGGCUUCGGCUUCUCAUUCAUGACUCUCUACUUCACCUACGCCCUGUGCUUCUACGUCGGAGCUCGUUUUGUGAAAGACGGCAAAGCGACCUUCACGGAAGUAUUCAGGGUCUUCUUUGCCUUAACCAUGGCAAGUCUCAGCGUUUCGCAAACAAGUGCAUUGGGUCCAGACUCCACCAAAGCUAAGGAUUCAGUGGCUUCCAUCUUUGCGAUCCUCGACAGGAAGUCCAGCAUCGAUUCGAGCAGUGAUGAGGGCAUGAUCCUGGAUAAUGUAAAGGGUACCAUUGAGCUCCAACAUGUCAGCUUCAAGUAUCCAUCUCGGCCCGACGUGCAAAUCUUCAGAGACUUGUGCUUGACCAUUCAUUCAGGAAAGACUGUUGCACUUGUUGGAGAGAGUGGCAGUGGAAAGUCUACAGCGGUUGCUCUUCUGGAGAGGUUUUAUGACCCUGAUUCUGGUAGUGUGUUGUUGGAUGGAGUGGACAUUAAGAAGCUCAAGGUGAGAUGGCUGAGGCAACAGAUGGGCUUGGUAAGCCAAGAGCCUGUGCUAUUCAAUGACACGAUUCGAGCCAACAUAGCAUACGGGAAGGAAGGAGAAGCGUCCGAGAAAGAGAUUGUUGCAGCUGCGGAGAUAGCCAACGCACACCAAUUCAUCUCAGGAUUGCCGCAGGGAUACAACACGACGGUGGGCGAGAGAGGCAUCCAGCUCUCCGGCGGGCAGAAGCAGCGCGUCGCGAUCGCUCGUGCCAUCUUGAAGGAUCCGAGGAUACUGCUGCUGGAUGAGGCCACCAGCGCUUUGGAUGCUGAGUCUGAGCAUGCGGUGCAGGAGGCGUUAGAUCGAGCGGUUGUCGGUCGAUCGACUUUGAUCGUGGCACAUCGCCUGUCAACGAUAAAGGGAGCCGAUACGAUUGCAGUUCUGAAGAACGGGGUGAUAGUUGAGAAGGGAAGACAUGAAGCACUGAUCAAUCGCAAAGAUGGGGUUUAUGCUUCACUGGUAGCACUCUAUAUGAGUUCAAACUGAAGCUCUUGUAUCGAUAAUGAAGGGUAGAACUUUUUUUACUGCAUGAACUUGUUCUUGUCAAAAGGAAGCAAAUCAAAUUCUCCUACAUAAAAAAAGAGAAACAUUGUGCAUGAAUUAAUUUUAAUCAUGUUAAUGUGAUACACAUCCAUGAAUUUGGAUCUA